AUGAUAAUCGAUAAUUCACCUGAUGAAAAACUUCAUCAUAUCAUUGAUGGUGUUUACAUUGGUUCACAAGAUUCAGCGCUUAAUAUAGCAGGUCUCAAUGAGUGCAAAAUUACACAUAUACUUAAUGUAGCUACUGGAAUUAGAAAUGCAUUCCCUGACCAAUACAAAUAUUUAAAUAUUGAAUUAUUAGAUGUACCUGAGACAAAUAUUUACAAAGUGUUUACACGUACAAAUGAAUUCAUACAACAAGCAGUUGCUGAUAAUGGACGUGUUUUAAUUCAUUGUAAUGCUGGUAUUUCACGUAGUGCUAGUAUUGCUUUAGCUUAUUUACUCGGAAUACAUCGUAUAAAAUAUGAAGAUGCAUAUAAAUUAUUGAAAACAGCACGUUCGAAUAUUAAACCAAAUGAUGGAUUUGUAAAACAAUUGAAACAGUAUGCUGCAGAAAUAGCACAGACAAAUGAAAAUAAUUCACUGUCGAUAGAUGAUAUUAAUCGAGCUGUAAAUGACGAAUCAUGUGAUAUAUAG